AGUGCUUCCGUCUUAUCUUUAACAUCGAUAUAGGACAAUGAUCACACAAGAAUGAAGUAUAUUUCAGUAUUGUCACUACUCUACGUAUGGAUGCCAGAAACAACAUCUGGUCUGAAAUGCUUGCGCUGCUCUGACGUCACAGAACCAAGGCUUUGCGACAGGAUAGAGUAUUGCUCUGAUGGAGAGGUUUGUGCUGUACAGAUGUUCAGGGCCGACAAUGGUGAUACGGGUUACUGGACGGGCUGCCUACCUACGCAGCAAUGUACCAAAGUAAACAACAGGACGGUGAUAGAAGUGAACUCGAAACGAAGCCAGGUUACAGCUGGGGAGGUAGUGUGCAAGGACUGUUGCUCGUCUGAUAUCUGUAAUGCCUAUGGCUGUGGUUCUCCGGAAUAUCCACAUGUGCGUGGACCUAUUUGUUUUGAUUGUCAAAAUGUUCUACAUCCUGCCGACUGUCAUAAAAUAGUUCCCUGCAAUUCCGGAGAAAAAUGCUUUCUUCAAGAGAGAAUCCUAUUUGGACAGAGAUAUUAUACAUCAAAAUGCGAGAAAUCAACGAUGUGCCCCUCCCAUUUGACUGGGCCAGUAGUGGGGAGGAAGCGACAACUCUCGGACCUGUGCGCUCAUUGUUGUGAUGGGGACCUCUGUAACCUUAACUGUACAUCUGUAGUGACAUCCAGCUCCCAACCCACAACAUCUACUGUACCCCCCACUGCACCUUCACCAUCACCAGCACCGCCAUCUUUUGUUGCCUUCCACGUAAAAUCAAGUCACAAAGCAACACCGGGACCGAUGAUAUUUGAUCAUGAAAUUACCAACAUUGGCAAUGCAUACAAUAACAAAACAGGCGUGUUUACCGCUUCUGUUCCUGGCCUUUACGUUUUCUCUUGGACCAUUGAGACGUAUGGAGAAUUCACAGAGGCAGUUCUAGUAGCUAACAGUGUGCCUCAAGGGUCUGCCAAAGCGCAGGAAGCGGCAGGUUACUAUGAUACCACUACGUCAUUUGCCCUCCUAGAGUUACAAGCUAACGAUAAAGUUUAUGUUAACAUUACCCAGGGAAGACCUCUAGCAGAACACACCAUGUUUUCAGGAUGGAAAAUCAACCAAUCUGUUCCAACACCAGGGUUUUAUGCCUCUCUAACAACACAAAGCGGGCAUGAUAUUCUGUUUGACCAUGUGCACCUCAAUAAAGGCCUUGGUUACUCCAGGCUUACCGGAAGAUUUACCGCGCCUUACCCUGGUUUAUACGUGUUCAUGACGUCAGUAUUAACCUAUGGGGACUCCGCACUUACUGCUGAAUUUAAAUUAAGUCAUCAAACCAGACCUAAUAUCUAUUUGGACUCUUCUUCUGGUCUCUAUGAUGGCAGUGGAUAUAUGACGUUUGCUUGGUUAAAGGAACACGAGUACGUCUACAUUCGAUCAGAGAAGGUUUAUCCAUCAUCUAUGUUUGCUGGCUGGAUGGUAAUGAAUUCUACGAACGCUGUUCUAUCCUAUCCGGCAUUUAUGGCUAAACUAUACUCCAGCUCAAGGCGAUCUCCGAUCGUGUUUGAUCAAGUUUACCCGAACUAUUCUCAUGGAUACUCUACUAGCACAGGUGUCUUCACAGCUGACAGGAACGGUGUGUACAUCUUUCUCGUCAACAUUGAGGCCCAUAAAAUGACAACCGUAACAGCCAUUAAAGUGAAUGGGCAAGAGAAAACUGAAACGAGGUCGGACGGGCGACACGAAUCCUAUGACGACACAUGCGCCGUGUCAGUUCUACAGUUGAAUGAAAAUGACAGAGUAUCCGUAAAGCUUAAAUCUGGAACGGCAGAUGAGGGGCAGACGAUAUUCUUUGGAUUUUUGCUACAUGAAUCAUAGUCUUGAGUGUAUUUAAGAAGACGAUAAAUUAAACAACAAAUCUUCUUCUUUACUAAUAA